CGUUUAUAACUUUUCAGCUAUCCAUUGUAGUAUUGUUUUUGUUUGAAAAUGAAAGCUAAAAUCACACAUAUAUGGACCUGCCCUUAUAAACAAUAAAAGCUUUCUAUAUAUACAACAAAAUCCCGAGCAGCGCGCACAGCAACAGCCUGUUAUACACACACACGCACACGCGCGCACACAAACACAUAUAUAUAUAUAUAUAUAUAUGCGCAAAAUGCAACCGGGCCACGCGGGCCGAGGCCGCUGAUCGCGCUCUGGCGACCCGGCGAAUCUCCAGAACCCGAGAGGUAGCAGCAGCAGAGCGAGAGGGACGAUGUAAGCGCGCGCGCUACUAACCGCUAGCGCUAGCGCGAAUCGAUCGUACGCGCGCGAGUUCCCGGAAAAAGUGCGAGAGAGACGGCCGCUAUAUACUCUCUCUGAGAAAUCGCGCGUCUCGUCCUGCGCUAUAAGCCGCGCGCUCGGCUGCACUUGCAUUGUCUCUCAAGUCAGGAUCUCGCGCGGUGAUGUAAUGGACAGGCUGUGAUCGCAAGUGCAAGUCGUAGCAAUUAUUCCGUCGUAGUUUAUAGAAGACGAUCUCAUAUCCGGGUCUGAAAUUUCGAGAGCUAGUCGCUCGAUAAUUGACAGGAUUAUCAUAUCGGCGAGCAAGGGGGAAAGGAGGUUAUAAAUCCCCGUGUGUUUGUCCACAAAAGAGCAUCAUCUCCAUUGUUAUCGGAAAAGCUCGAACGUGAAAGAGCAUCUGGUGAACGGCACACGUGAAGAGCGAACAAUGAAAGAAAACACCUGUUAACAGCCCUCGCGUUCGAACGAACAAAAAAGGUCAACCCAUCAACGGCGAAGCUGCGAGGAGUGAAUUGAAGCUGUAUAUGCCCCAGGCGGGCAUAUUACUCGGCAGCUAAAACGGAGGGAAGAAGGAAGAAAAUCAUCAGGCGAACUCGCGGGAGCAUGAGGGACGAAGUGAAGAUGGACGCUAACAGGCUCAUAGCCGAGGUCCACAAGAGACCCGCGCUCUGGAAUCAACGGCACAUAUCUUAUCACAACCGCGAAGUGACCAACCGCGUUUGGAUGGAGAUUGCCUCGAUAUUCAAGCUACCGAAACCUGUACUAAAGGCCAAAUGGAAAGGAUUAAGAGAUACGUUCCGGGCAGAGUUAAAGAAGGAGCAAGUUUAUCGCAAAAGCAAAUAUCAGAGAAAUCGUCCUCUGUGGAUUCACUUUGAAAGUCUGCAAUUCCUAAAGGAGCAAAUGCUGCCUCGACCACCCAUUUGGGAUCGUAGUAGUCGCUCCAAUAAUUACGAGAAUGAUUAUGAUGGAAGUCACUGUCAUCAAAAUGGUAUGAAUGGAGAUGAUAAUGAUUAUGAAAGAGAUCAUGAUGAUUCUUUGACUGAGCAUCUGCUGCAAUCCUCCUUAGCAAGGUCUAAAGAACACUCAAAUCAGGAAAAUGACGUCAAAGCAGAACCAGAUGAAAAUGUAGAUUAUCAUACAGGGUCUCCUUUGAAUAGGAUAGAUGACAGCGAAACUAUGCUUCAGAGUCUUUCUCCUGAGCAAGUACUGUUAGGGGCAAGUGUCAGAGAUGGUGUAAAUGGUGGUGGUGAUAGUGAUUCCAGUAUUGGUAUGGUGAUGGACCCUCAUGGUCAUAACUGUGAUGAUAAUUACUAUUUUCUUAUGAGUCUUUUACCACAUAUGAAACAGUUAUCGCCAGAGCGUAGAAUGUUCCUAAGAAUGAAGAUACAAGAAUUAGUGUAUGAAGAAGUUUACAAAAAGAAUUCAAUCCAAGAAAAUGCGACGUCUUCAUGAGUUGAGGGCAGUGAUAAAAAAGGACGUCAAACUCCGAGUUUACCGACGAAGGAACUAAAAGACUGAUUGUGAGAGUCAAAUACAAAAAAUAUUUACCAGCUCUGUUUUUUCCUCUUGAUACGAUCUCGUUAUCUUUCGACUAGUCAUCUAUAUGCAAUUUUUCUGUUUUUCUAGACUUUGAUAAUAGUAUUAAAUGAAGCAAGAUUCAGUUCUAACACUGUAACAUCGUUUAAAUUUCCCUCUAGAAAACUUUCUCAAACUACAAAGAAAAGUGAUAAUACAGUAAGGAAGCAAAUAUUUAAAGAAUUCACAUAAUCAGUAUAAAAAUAAGAAAACUAUGAUAUAUCUUGGGAGCUCUAUUACUCUUAAAUAAUCAAUGCCAGCGUGUACAAGAUUUAGUCACUAAGUACUAAACUGAGAAACUUUAAUUUUUGAUCAAGAAGCUUAAAAAUAUAUAGUUGAUGUAA